CGUUGUACUAAAUUAAUGGUCUCUUAAAAUGAAAUUUGUCCGUCGACGUUUAAUGUAGGAAAAUAAGAAUAUUUUACGUCAUAACAGUUCUAGCAACAACCGGAAGUUAUCGGAUCACACGUUAAACUUGUUUAUGGAAUGACGCCUACAUGGAAAAGUGGCUGAUGGUAUGCACUGGUGGUUCAGCGGCAGGCCGGCCUGUCCCUAGAGUGGUAUGCCGCAGCUGGUGCCGUUUGAAAGUGUUAGGCCACUGUAACACCAAUUCAAAAGACGUUCUGUCGUAAAUGUCGUUUAUUGACAAUGUGUGUAUAUUACACAUACACACAUAUGCCGCUGGAUCAGGAGUGGUAUGCCGGGAGAAAACGGCUUAUGCCGCUUAACCACUAGUGGCAUACCAUCAGCCACUUUUCGACCUCGGCGCUACUGUGUGUUUCGCUUCCUUAAAUUAGCACUGACGUGUUUUCGGCUCUCUUUGUACUGCGUCAUACAGAAAUGACUCGGAGUUCUGCUCGCGUCCUGCUCAGCAGUAGAAACCCUGCAGUCCAUAAACCGUGGAAAUGGACAAAUAUUCUGUACACAAGUGUAGCGUCUUUAACCGUCGGCGGUGGGCUGUGUGCUAUACCUUUCAAACAGGUUGAAAACCUCUCUCACGACUCUCUGAUCAGACGAGCAGCCUCUCUGGUAACAGACAGUUCAAGCACUUUUCUCUCUCAGACCACCUUGGCUCUCAUAGAUGCCAUCACAGAGUACUCAAAAGCUGUGCACACACUAAUUGCACUCCAAAGACGAUAUUUGGAAUCACUUGGAAAACUGACUCAAGCAGAAGAGAAUACAAUCUGGCAGGUGAUCAUAAGCCAGCGUGCAGAGGUUAGUGACAGACAAGAUGAAUGCAAACGUUUUGAGUCAACCUGGGUCAACGCAGUCAAGCUGUGUGAAAGGGCAGCAGAGGCAGCAUACACCUCAGGAGCUGAACAUGCGUCCAUCACAGUGAGGAUGAACAUUCAGGUGGCCCAGUCGCAGGUGGAGGAGGCACAGAAACAGUCAGUGGAUGCAGAUAAGAAGUUGGCCGAGAUUAAAGCAAUGGAGGUUGAAAGGGUGGCACAAUAUGCUGCCUCCUUACAGAAUAAUAAUGAUGAGGAAGAGGUGCCUGAUGCUUAUCUAAGAGAAGACUAAGACAAAUAACCAGAGGUGUCAGAAAAUAGAAAAAGGGUUAAAAAAAGCAUUAAAAAAAGGUUUAUUUGCUUUUUAAAGUAACUAAUAACUUUUUAUCCAUCCUAUUAUGUCUUCUUUCUUUUUGAACAUGUUUGGCUCUGUGAUUUCUCACGUCUCAUUUGUUGUAGAUUGUGCUCAAAUCUAUGUGCUUACAUCUGCACAUAAACUGCAAUGCUGAAAAAGUGAAUCACAAAAAAUGAGGACAACGUCUCCAUAAUUCAGCACCUCCUUUUGAAUGUUUGGUCAUUUAAGACAAUUUAUUUGAAUAAUGAUUAUCAACUGCUUCUGCAGCAUAUUGUUUUCUCUCCUCCGUUUAUUGUAUUGUGAUUGGACAAGCAUCAGAUUUUGGCGUUACAUUUUGUCAAAAUUCAUUGUAAUAAAGACAACACGGUAUAAAAACAUAA